UCCGAAGAUUCAGAUCCCCAAGAUUCUACGGGCGGAAGUUAGAAUCGGGUCUCCAUCCAAGCCUUUCUCCCUUCUCCCACUUCUCUCUCAGCUCCCUCUCUCCUCUCCCCAUCAGAAUCUCUGAAAGACCAACUAACCAAGUGGAGCAGGAUAAUUAGUAGCAUUAGAGUGGUAAAAAAGGCCCAGAGGCAGCAUAAAAGCGAAAGAUGACCCAAAAGGGCACAGAGUUUUAAAAGAAAUGGAGAUUGGAAAAAAGAGCCAACCAGAAGCCGUAAGGCAAGCGCCCGGCAAAUAGAGAUAUAAAAGGAGGAGAUGGAGAGACCAAGGUAAAGAGAACAGAAAGAAGAGGAGAUGGGGUUGGAUCACUACAAGAUCCUCGGAGUCGACCGCAACGCCAAGGACGAUGACCUCAAGAAGGCGUACCGCAAGCUCGCCAUGAAGUGGCACCCCGAUAAGAACCCCAACAACAAGAACGACGCCGAGGCCAAGUUCAAGCAAAUCUCCGAAGCCUACGAUGUUUUGAGCGACCCGCAGAAGAGGGCGAUCUACGACCAGUAUGGAGAGGAAGGGUUCAAGGGGCAGGUGCCCCCGCCGAGGGGCGGGGCCUCGGGGUUCCACGGCGGCGCCGCUCAGUUCCGAUUCAACCCCCGGAGCGCCGACGAGAUCUUCUCCGAGUUCUUCGGCUUCUCCAGCCCGUUCGGCACGGCAGCCGGUGGGGGCAUGGGGGACGCCGCCGCGGGUGGUUCCCGUGGCGGUGGUGCCCGGUUCCCGGGAGGCAUCUUUGGGGAGGAUAUCUUCGCUGCGUUUGGGGGAGGGAGAAGGGGCGGGGAGGCGUCCGCCAAGAAAGCGCCACAGAUCGAGCGGACAUUGCUUUGCAGCCUCCAGGAUCUGUACAAGGGGACGACGAAGAAGAUGAAGAUCUCGAGGGAUGUGAUGGAUUCCAAUGGGAGGCUGAGCACUGUGGAGGAGAUUUUGACGAUUGAUAUCAAGCCUGGCUGGAAGAAAGGUACAAAGAUUACAUUCCCAGAAAAAGGCAAUGAGCUGCGUAAUUUAGUACCCGCAGAUCUGGUUUUCAUCAUUGAUGAGAGGCCUCAUGGUGUCUUCAAGCGGGAAGGGAAUGAUUUGAUUGUCACCGAGAAGAUCUCACUUGUUGAAGCUGUCACAGGUUACACUGUACAGCUGACAACUCUUGACGGUCGAAAUCUAACUAUUCCCAUCAAUACCAUAAUCAGCCCCACUUAUGAGGAAAUCGUACAAGGUGAAGGGAUGCCGAUUACAAAAGAUCCAUCUAAAAAAGGGUACUUGAGGAUUAAAUUUCAAAUCAAGUUCCCCUCUAAAAUCACGCCAGAGCAGAAGGCAGGCGUCAAGCGGUUGUUAGCUCCUUCUUGACUGGUGGACUUUUAUGGCUUUAUGCUUAUUCUUUUUUGUAGUUUUGUUGAAAAUACGACUCUAUAUCAUGACUUUGUGAGGUAGUUCCAACAGUUGCAAGAUGGUAUUUAUUUGUACUAACUGUAGCAGAACUAUCCUUAUAGUUUGCUUACUAGUUGACAAAGUCCGAAGAAUUUGCUCCUCGCCAUUUUUGGACCCUGUGAAUUAGAGAGAAAAAUGGCUGUCUCUUCUUUCA